CUCCCCGCCCGCGACCUCAAAAAGGCAUAUUUAUUUACCUUGAAUUCUAUUGCCAUCCACAAAUAAUUAGUUCCAAUUGAAAGAGGAUAAGAAACAUUUCAUAGCGUUAGGUUACCUUGUAUGGUUGGUACUCCUGCUAUCCACAAUCCAAUGGAACAAAAGUGAAUUGUAGACUUUGAUCCCAAAAGAGUCGAAAGCAUCGAAUGACGUGACUAAUUUGAAGUAAGCUACCACUGCUGAGUCUAAAGAAAGAUGGAAGGAAUUGUCGUGGUCUUCCUGGUUGCUUCGGCUCUCUCUGUAAACGUUGAAGCGGUAGACAAAGAACUAGACCCUGUUUUUUGCAGCCCCCGCCCCAGCCUCGUUCCAGUGGAUCACCCCUAUUACAAUUACUGGCCGUUCUUUGUUCAACUGAACCGUUGCGGGGGAUCUUGCUCAACGGCGAGCCCGCGAAUCCAGCGGUGUCAAGCGGCACAGUGGUCAAAGAUCUCGCAUACUGUUUUUAACUUCGCGACUGGCAAAACAAAGGUCUUACUAAUGACCAAUCACACGAGCUGUAACUGCUCUUGUGCCCAGACUCCAGAUAGUUGCACGGCUGAUUUGGAGAAAUGGGACCCAGACUCAUGUAGCUGUGCCUGUUUGAACCCAAAAGACAAAACUUAUCCUUGCCCAGAGGGAUUCAGAUGGAGUCAAUCGUUAUGUAGGUGCAUAUGCGACCGCGCACCGGAAGUCUGUUCACAUGAAAAGGAAUGGAACGUGGAAGCUUGUCAGUGCAUAUGCAAGGAAGAGAUCGCGCGAAUCUGCAACGAGCAGCAGAAGCUAUUGAACCCCAACACUUGUACUUGCUAUCAAGACGGGCCUGUGCUCGGCAGGCGGGAAAAGAAAAGUAUAUCGCGAGAUGUGUUGGUCGGGUCUUUGUUUGCGGAGCUCAUCUUGCUGUUGCUCUUAUUCGAUGCGUUCCUGUUUUGGAAGUGGCGUUACGGACUCGCCGCCUUUCUCUACAACAAGUGCUGCGCUACCAAACAGCAAGAAAGCAUAGAAGAGGGAGUCAAUGUCCCAUUGAACUGCGAAGCAGUGAUUGAAGAAAGCACAUGCAAGGAGGACGCGGAAACUGGAGAAAAACCUACCGAAGAGAAGUGCUGAUGUGUGUGUACGAGCGUGACUUAACGUGAGCUUCGUGUCACGCAACAAGAACAGUAAUGCGUGACAGGCAAAUGGUCUCCAUACGCGCGCGGUAGAAAAAAUAUUAUUUAAGGUAACAAAACUGACUCCAAAGCAUUGCCACGCAAACACUACUUUCACUAUUCACGUGACAUAAAUUACACAAGUAUUUAUUUCCGUUUCCGGAACUGGAGAAAAGUCACGCAUCAAAAAAUUAGUAUUGUAAUUGUGUAUUUAACAUUUUACAUUCAAGCACAUUAAGGACAUGUUUUAGCCUAUUUGUUUAUUUUUUUAUGACACGCCUUUAUUUAGUUUAUAGGUAGAUAAAAAAAAUAUUCAGCAAUUCAAUAACAAGUUUUCAAAUCGAGGUUUUGUUGUUGAACGUUUUUCGAACGUGAUAAGCCAUCAAGAGAGAACCCAGAAGGAGGGCCCUCGAAUGGUCUUUGGCGAGCACUUGCGAUGUUGCGAGCACCCCGUUUUUUAUCUGUUUAUGCGAGACCGAGCAUUUUUAAUUGUUGGAAUAAAUCGAGCAGCGAGCACAUCGAAAAAAAAAAAAACAAUGCGAGCACGGCGGAAAAAAUUGCGUGAGCAUGUGAGCAUUAGCCGAAAACUGCGAGCACAUCGAAAUUUCGGGGGACCAUUCGGGGGGGGCCCUAGUAGGGAAUAGGGAGGCACACGAGGGAGGGGUGGUGGUUAAAUGUUAUCUGGAAAUGCUGAAUUUGAUUGGUGUCUCGUGUGAUUUGAUUUCUCAAACUAUAUCAAACAGUUUUGCGGAUUCUUGUAAUCCGUCAAUUAUCUAUCUAUUCAUUUUGUUUUAUAAAUCAAGCAGAGCUUUAGUGACCCGGCGCCCCUCGUUCGAGGAUAUAAGGGGAGAGUAGUUUUUGUGAUAUCAUAGUAGGUGCUAAAUAUAGCUCCUAUAAAAGUGUGCUUAUAAAACACCGUUCCUCUACU